AUGGAAAAGGAAACGUCCGCGGAGCCGGUGGAGCCGAAUUCCGAGUACGGAACGCCCGUGAAAGAGCCGAAAGAGCCGUGCGCCGUCGAGAAUUCGCUGUACAACAAGUGCAGUGUGGAGAUGGAGAGGUUGGCGAAAUGUUUGAACUUUGAGCAGACGUAUUUUGAGUGGUUUUGAAGAUUUUUGUAAGGUUAGAAGACAAAUCGAUAGAGAAUUGAAUGCUCUAAAACUUUGUAGUUGACAAGUUUCUACGAUUUUCAGUGGGAACGACGAUAUUUGAACUUUAGACGGUCACGGUUCCAUGGAAUUUUUCUGGAAAUUGGCAUGGACGAAAAUUUCACAAAAACCAUAUAAAUUCGUUCAGAUUGGAGGCCCAAAACGCCGAAUACCGCGAAAAAUUGCUGCGAACGAUUCGCGAGCGCGAUCUCAACGAGGAACUUUUAAAGUGGGAAAGUCUCAAAGCAAGUGCGCUCUACCGAACACGUUUUGCAGAAAUGUUCAAGGACAGCACAAGAAGGAGAUUGAGGCGCAGACGAAGAGGAUUAGGGAUCUGGAGGGGCAGCUGAAGGCGAGUGCGGACCGGGCGACGGCUCAGGAGGCACAUUUCAAUGUGACCGUCAGGGAGAUGACCCAGAAGACGACGAGUGCCGUGCAGCAGGUACGUCGGCGAGGCACCCAUAGAAUCGACGAAAUUCUAGACUUUCUCGGCCCGAAAUCCGACAAUUUCUCAAUUUCCAGGCGACCAGAAAAGCGGAGCAAAGUGAGAAGGAAAAGAACGAGGCGGUGGUGAAGUACGCGAUGCGAGAGGGCGAAAUGAUGAAGUUGCGAGAGGAGAUCAAGACGAAAGACGGCCUUCUGGCGACGUGUCGCAACGAAUUGGACGCCGCGAGACGGGCUCAGAGUCAGGAGAACGUCGACGUGCUCGAGAAGAGUGUGCACAAUUUGAAGGUGGAGGCGGAGAAGCUGAAGCAUGAGAGGUUCGACUUUGAGAAUCGCAUGAAGAUCGCCGAGAAGAGGGUUGAGGUACGUGGGGGUGGGAUUGGGAUUACUGUACCUCAUGCUAGAAUUGUUACAGACGUUGACAGCGAGUUUAAGCGAGACGAAGCAGCAGUCGGAGGUGCUUCGCAAGCAGUUGAUCCAAACGAAAGACGAUAAGCAAUCGGUGAGUGCAUAGAAUCUUACGACACUACAGUAACCCGUCAGUUUUGCAGCAAUACGAAACAAAACUCCAAACCAACACUGCGGACCUCGAAAAACGGCUCCGAGAAGCGGAUUCGGACCUGGAACGCCUACGCACCUCCCAACUCGACAUGGCCACCAAGUUCGAAGAGGCGGGCCGUGAAAACGCGGACCUCCUCGCCAAAAUCGACAUUCUCCAGGACCAGCUGAGUCUGGAGGAGGACCGCCGCAAACUGUGCGAAGAGCAAAUCGAACGACUCAAAGGCGUCGAGAGCUUCGUCGCGAGCAGCAGCGUCCAGAUCGAGGAAUCGCAAAAGGAGAGAGAGAGUGCGGAGGAGGAGAGGGAGCAGGCGGAGCGGGAAGCUUCCGAGUGCAGACUGCACGCCGAGAAGAUGCUACGGCUCACGCAGGAGCUCACCGAGCGGAACAUGGAGUUGCAGAGGCAGUUGCAGACUGAGCACGAGCAGGUGAGCGUUUUGUGGCGUGCUGAGAAGCCGACUGAAAUCUUGACAAGUUUUACUAUAUUUCUGUAG